AUGUCUCGCCCUGCACACAAAAAGCCAGAGUAUCACAAAAUAAACAAAGACCUUUUUGUACUCACUUAUGGAGCUCUGGUUGCCCAGCUAUGCAAGGAUUAUGAAAAAGAUGAAGAUGUGAACAAAUACUUGGAUAAAAUGGGUUAUGGAAUUGGAACACGGCUGGUGGAAGAUUUUUUGGCUCGAUCCUGUGUGAGAAGAUGCCAUAGUUAUUCAGAAAUCAUAGACAUAAUUGCCCAGGUUGCCUUCAAGAUGUACUUGGGAAUCACGCCGAGUGUGGCCUGUCACAAUUCAAGCAGAAAUGAAUUCUCCCUGAUUCUGGACAAGAAUCCUCUGGCAGAGUUCGUAGAGGAGCUCCCUGCGGGACGAUCUGCGCUGUGCUACUGCAACUUACUCUGUGGGGUCAUCAGAGGAGCCCUGGAGAUGGUUAAUUUGGCUGCUGAUGUUACAUUCUUGCAAGACAGACUAAAAGGCGACAGUGUGACAGAAAUUGGAAUAACAUUUCUAAAAAAGCUGGACGAGAAAAAAUAUAGACGGAAAAAGUGA